AAGGAAAACGCAGCGUUCCAUUGGAAAUUAAUGUCCUUCUGGUGUACCAAAAUGUCUCACUCUCGGUGUGAUCGAGGCGUUCAGCUCGAAGCUGCCACAGGAUGAGGAGAGGGCGAGUUUAAUCCAUCAGAUUCCAACCUAACUGCCAUGAUGGAGGACAACAUUUAACGAGAAUGCUAUAAUGUAUCCAUAGUGUGCACUUUCGGCUUACUUGAAAAUGAGGAAUUUAUAUACGAGCUCGUCCGCGGGAUUGCUUAAUUGGAACAUUUCUGGAACUUUCUUUUGAAUAUUGGCUGGUUGAAAGCAAGCCAGGGCUGUGGACACACGCGACCUCUGACAUCACGGAUUUACGCAGCGCUUGUUGACGAUCAGCGAGGCUGUGGGAGAUCCUUCCCAGUCUGUGGUUGGUGAAUCCGGUGUCCAAGAAGACCGCCUCUCUCCGCGUCUGUCCAGUGCGUUAAAGCGAGUUAGGCGUCUCAGAGAGGAGGUACCGGGAUGAAAACGAAAAACUGCUUUUUUGCGAUUUUGCUGAAUUUUACAAGGGGAUUACGGUUCUGUUGCCUGUCUGCUUGCCUGCCAAUUUGGGUCACCUGCUUAGCUCCAAGGCGCUUUUAUUAGGCUCCACAUUCCUGCCCAGUGUUGAAUUAAUCUUUACCCUUCAUGUCGCAUUGGAAUAAUUUCAUCUAUCAUGGAUUUGAUUUUCUUUUACAAAGUCACCGUUGAGGCUCGGUUAGACAUCCUAUAGAUUCGGACACUGUAAGCUACCAUCGAACUCACCAAUAUAGCGCAACAUCAGGAGGGGAACAUGGCCAAAAAUGCCCCAGGCGGACCGUUGCGGGAUGACUUAAGCAAGCUCUCCGGAGAGGAGCUCUCCAGGCUCGGCAAAGACGAGCUGAUCAGGAGGCUACGGAAAACGGAUAACGAGAAAAUUUACUUAAUGGUGGAGCACGGGAACAUGAUGAAAGAUGUGAACCGGAGACUACAGGUCCAUCUCCACGAGAUCCGCAGCCUCAAAGAGAUCAACCAGAAGCUUCAGGAUGAUAACCACGAACUCCGGGAGCUCUGCUGUUUCCUGGACGACGACCGACAGAAGGGCAAGAAGCUGUCACGGGAGUGGCAACGCUUCGGCCGCUACACCGCCGGAUCGAUGUGGAAGGAUGUCGGGGUGUACCAUCAGAAGCUGAAGGAUCUGGAAGCCAACCAGGACUCUGUGAUGCGGGAGAACCUGGAACUGAAAGAGAUCAUUCUGAUGCUGGAUGAGGAGAGGAACGGAGCCGGGUCACGGAGCUCCAUAGAUUCCCAGUCCAGCCUGACCAACCUGAACGGGGGCACGGGAACCGUUAGGGAUGUCGGGGACGGGAGCAGUACCUCCAGCACCGGCAGCGCCGGUAGUCCUGACCACCACCACAACCACAUACACAAGCCAAACGAGGGAAAAAUAGCAUCCUUGCGGAGGUCUAUGGACGACCUAUCGCUGGCGUCACACAUCCACCUGCGCAUUCCUAAUGGACUGAAUGAUCCAUCUUCAAACUACAUGAGACAACUGGAGACCAAGGUCAGCAUCCUAGAGGAUGACAACAAGCAGCUGCUAUCACAGCAGGCUAACAGUGGUGAUCUGAACAGUCUGAGGAAGGGUCUGUCUCUCUACCACUCUGAGUCUCAGCUCUCCUCUCUCACACAGUACCAGCAGGACGCCGUGCAGAAUGGCUCCGGUAGGACCCCUAGUGGUGAGCCAUCCCCCCCAGCAGACUACCUCCCUGUGGGCCAGAAGCCCGAGGCUGUGGUCCAUGCCAUGAAGGUGCUCGAGGUCCAUGAGAAUCUAGAGAAGAAAAUCCCUGAAGACUAUGACAAGGACCUCAGUGAGAAGGAGAAGGCCAUCGUCAGGGAGAUGUGUAACGUGGUGUGGCGUAAACUGGGUGACGCUGCGGGCUCCAAGCCUUCAAUCCGCCAGCAUCUCUCUGGGAACCAGUUCAAAGGGCCUUUGUAGUCCCUAGGACGACAUUAACCAGCACUCAAACGAGACAAACGGACAGACAAAUAAAUAAACAACAACAACAACAAUGGAUCCUCAGCACUGACUGGACAAAGGGACACAUCUCAAUUGACCCUCUCCUACUCUCUCAGCACUGUGACCGUGGCUAGAUGAUCCAGACAAACCCUAACCUAAACCCAGCCCACUGCCUCUGCAUCUGUGAUAUCCAUCUUUGGCCUCCCUUAACCUCAUGCCCUGGUGGAUAUUGGAAUGGUGACCUGACCUGGGUAGUGGCUACAGGCAAUUUCAGAUUAGGGCAAAACAGACCGUGGCGACGAAUGGUUCGAAACAGCAGGUGGCCGUCCUAUCGCCUCCACAGCACAACAGAGCAUCUGCCUUCAUUUUCUGUUCAAUGCCUGACUAUUCUACAUUUUGAAUCGCCACCGUCACUUGACAGUUAUGGUGUGUUUUUGAAGAAGAGGAAUAUGAAGGGAGGAUAGGGGCACGAGGCAUGCAUUAAACUAAACUAAACUCUCCCUUACAACCUCACAACCAUUCACUACAGUACUGAGCUACUAUACCUGUGACCUGUUCUACAGUACUACACCUGACAGUCCCAACCAGUCACGACAGUACAGAGCUACUAUACCUGUGACCUGUUCUACAGUACUACACCUGACAGUCCCAACCAGUCACGACAGUACAGAGCUACUAUACCUGUGACCUGUUCUACAGUACUACACCUGACAGUCCCAACCAGUCACGACAGUACAGAGCUACUAUACCUGUGACCUGUUCUACAGUACUACACCUGACAGUCCCAACCAGUCACGACAGUACUGAGCUACUAUACCUGUGACCUGUUCUACAGUACUACACCUGACAGUCCCAACCAGUCACGACAGUACUGAGCUAGAGCACUACACCAUCUCCACCCAACGUCUCUUUUUGUGUUUGUGUAAAUGUUCACCUACCAAGUGUUCAGGACUGACAACCACUCUAGGACGGACUAUUCUACUGCAGGCCCUGUUCUGUUCUUGACUUUGCUUCCAUGACUUCUCCACAGGCGACUGACUGACAACUGACUGACAACCUACUUUUAAUAUGAGGAAAAAUCCUGGAAAUGUUCUGAUGUCAUUUCCUUCGGUGUAUAGUCACAAGCCAUAGGUUUACAUGACUUGAAACCUAGCUGCUGCAGCCUACUGUUUGAUAGUGUCGUCCCCUUUUGCCUGAGCAGGAAUUAUGUGUUCAAGUGUAGACAGAAUUGAUUUCAAAGUGUUCAACUAAAUUCUAGCACCAAAUCAGUUAUGUGUAACAAAACGUAGCCCUGUUUAAAAAAAAGUUAUCAUUUAAGACCGUGUUUGUUUGCGCCUCAAAUGGCACCCUAUUCCCUAUACCAACACUAUAUAGGCAUUAGGGUGCCAUUUCGGAUGCACACGUUGUAACUAAGUACAGAAAGUGGAACACUGAGUUCAGUUUCAUACCCUGUGUUUCAAAUGUUUCCUCCCAGGCAGAAAGCUUAUAGCCUGGGUAAGGUCUGUUUAUGCUCUCCUGCCAACUCCUAGAAUUGUCAAGCCAAAAAUGUUACAUUUUAGUCAUGUAGCAGGCGCUCUUAUCCAGAGCAACUUACAGGAGUGAGUUCAUACGUUUUCUCAUAAAAGUCCCCUGUGGGAAUCAAACUAACAACCCUGUUGUUGCAAGCACCAUGCUCCACCAGUUGAGCCAUACAGGACUUGACAAUGUCUGCAAUGGAGUUGGCAAAAGGACAAACAGCUCUGGGACCAGGCUUGAAAGCUUAGCCUGUCAGGCUAUUAACUGAAACCUUAAGUCGAGGAAGAGGUUUUGGUUCAUGCAUAAUAUAGGGUCGCUUCUGAUAAUUAAUCAUGGAUUAGAACGUCAGGAUCUUGCUAGAUGGAAGUGGACUUUGAAUUCACAAUCUGAAUUUCUAAUGUAUGACAAUCGUUGAAACGGUUUUGAAAACAGCUGUUAUUUUGACCAGUCCUAACUUUAUCUCAAUGAGCUCUUAUAGGGACCAUACCUUAUGAAGUCUCAUUGGAGACUAUGUAUACUACAUGAGGUCUCUUAGCUGGGUCCGAUGUAUACUUCAUAAGGUGUCUUAGCUGGCUCCUGUACAUUAUGAUGUGUUAGGCUCGAUGUGUGCACAAUGAAGUCUCCUAGAGUCCCUAUGUCUGCUCUAUAAAGUCUCAUAGCUGUCAUCUCUAUAGUAGGACUUCAGUGUACAAUCCACUGAUACGUGCCGAUUAUGUUGACAUCGAUGAAGGCAGCCCCCCGCACCUCUCUGAUUGAGAGAUGUUGGGUCAAAAGCGGAAGACACAUUUCAGUUGAAUGCAUUCAGUUGCACAACUGACAAGGUAUCCCCUUUCCUUUCCAUUUCUCCCUCCCCUUUCCCUUUCUCCCUCCCCUUUCCCCCACUGCAUAGCUAAAUGAAGCUUCAUAGCUGGGUUCUAUACUCUGUGGCACCUCCUAGCUGAUUGCUGUGUAUUUGAGUCUUCUCAGUAUUGUAUGGUGAGGGCUAAUAGAUAAGCUACAUAACAUUGCCAUGAGACUGACAUAACAGAUGUCAUGAAGAGUUAUAGCAACAUAACAGACAGAUGUCAUUAGGAGUAAUAACAUACACUACAUGAGCAAAAGUAUGUGGACACCUGCUCGUCAAACAUCUCAUUCCACAAUCAUGGUCUUUCAUAUGGAGUUGGUCUCCCCUUUGCUUCUAUAACA